GGACUGGGGCUGGAGGCGAGAAGUUGCGCGCGGGCCGCGGGAGCGAGCAGACGGCGAGGCGGGCGUGCGGGCGUGCGGGAGCCGGGCGCGGAGGACCGGGCCGGGGGCGAGGAGGCGGCAUGGAGCGUCUGGCGCCCCGUGCCUGCCUGGCCCUGCUGUGGGCUUGUGUGCUGGCCGCGGCCGCCGCGGCGCAGGGCAAAGAAGUUGUACUAUUGGACUUUGCCGCCGCUAAAGGGGAACUUGGCUGGCUCACGCACCCAUAUGGCAAAGGGUGGGACCUGAUGCAGAACAUCAUGGACGACAUGCCCAUCUACAUGUACUCUGUGUGCAACGUGGUGGCCGGCGACCAGGACAACUGGCUCCGCACCAACUGGGUGUACCGCGGCGAGGCCGAGCGCAUCUUCAUCGAGCUCAAGUUCACCGUGCGUGACUGCAACAGCUUCCCGGGGGGCGCCAGCUCCUGCAAGGAGACUUUCAACCUCUACUACGCCGAGUCGGAUGUGGACUAUGGCACCAACUUCCAGAAGCGCCAGUUCACCAAGAUUGACACCAUUGCGCCCGACGAGAUCACGGUCAGCAGCGACUUCGAGGCCCGCCACGUGAAGCUGAAUGUGGAGGAACGCUCCGUGGGCCCGCUCAGCCGCAAGGGCUUCUACCUGGCCUUCCAGGACAUUGGCGCCUGCGUGGCGCUGCUCUCCGUCCGCGUCUAUUACAAGAAGUGCCCCGAGCUGCUGCAGGGCCUGGCCCGCUUCCCCGAGACCAUCGCGGGCUCCGACGCACCCUCCCUGGCCACCGUGGCUGGCACCUGCGUGGACCAUGCCGUGGUGCCACCGGGGGGCGAAGAGCCCCGCAUGCACUGCGCGGUGGAUGGCGAGUGGCUGGUGCCCAUCGGUCAGUGCCUGUGCCGGGAGGGCUACGAGAAGGUGGAGGACGCCUGCCAGGCCUGCUCCCCUGGAUUCUUCAAGUCCGAGGUGUCCGAGAGCCCCUGUUUGAAGUGCCCCGUGCACACCCUGCUGUCCCCCGAGGGGGCCACCUUCUGUGAGUGCGAGGAAGGCUACUUCCGGGCACCGCAGGACCUGCCGUCGAUGCCCUGCACUCGCCCGCCCUCCGCCCCGCACUACCUCACGGCUGUGGGCCUGGGCGCCAAAGUGGAGCUGCGCUGGACGCCCCCCCAGGACAGCGGGGGCCGUGAGGACAUCAUCUACAGCGUCACCUGUGAACAGUGCUGGCCCGAGUCCGGCGAGUGCGGGCCCUGCGAGGCCAGCGUGCGCUACUCCGAGCCGCCGCACGCGCUGACCCGCACCAGCGUGAUCGUCAGUGACCUCGAGCCGCACAUGAACUACACCUUCGCGGUAGAGGCCCGCAACGGUGUCUCGGGCCUGGUGGCCAGCCGCAGCUUCCGCACUGCCAGUGUCAGCAUCAACCAGACAGAGCCCCCCAAGGUGAAGCUGGAGGGCCGCAGCACCACCUCGCUCAGUGUUUCCUGGAGCAUCCCCCCACCGCAACAGAGCCGUGUGUGGAAAUAUGAGGUCACCUACCGCAAGAAGGGGGACUCCAACAGCUACAACGUGCGACGCACCGAGGGCUUCUCCGUGACCCUGGACGACCUGGCUCCGGAUACCGCCUACCUGGUCCAGGUGCAGGCGCUGACGCAGGAAGGCCAGGGGGCCGGCAGCAAGAUUCACGAGUUCCAGACGUUGUCCACAGAAGGAUCUGGCAACAUGGCGGUGAUUGGUGGUGUGGUUGUUGGCGUUAUCUUGCUUCUGGUGCUAGCAGGAAUCGGCGUCUUCAUCCAUCGCAGGAGGAAGAGCCUGCGGACCCGCCAGUCCUCCGAGGACGUUUACUUCUCCAAGUCAGAGCAACUAAAGCCCCUAAAGACAUACGUGGACCCCCACACGUACGAGGACCCCAACCAGGCUGUGCUCAAGUUCACCACUGAGAUCCAUCCAUCCUGUGUCACGCGGCAGAAGGUGAUCGGAGCAGGGGAGUUUGGGGAGGUGUACAAAGGGACACUGAAGGCGUCGGGGAAGAAGGAGGUGCCCGUGGCCAUCAAGACGCUGAAAGCCGGCUACACAGAGAAGCAGCGGGUGGACUUCCUGAGCGAGGCCAGCAUCAUGGGCCAGUUCAGCCACCACAACAUCAUCCGCCUGGAGGGUGUCGUCUCCAAAUGUGAGGGCUGGCACCAGGCUGGGGACGGGAGACCCCCCCCCCCACCUCGCCCCAGGGCCGGACCACCCAUGGCGGGGGUGAAAAGGGGCUGCUACCAAACGGGCUCUGUCCGUAGCUGUGCCCACCCCCACCCCCAGCGGUGCCCCCUGUCCACGACUCUGGCCACCCCCUCAAACCUGUGUCCACCCUCUGCAGAUAAGCCCAUGAUGAUCAUCACUGAAUACAUGGAGAACGGGGCCCUGGACAAGUUCCUUCGGGAGAAGGAUGGCGAGUUCAGCGUGCUGCAGCUGGUGGGUAUGCUGCGGGGCAUCGCGGCCGGCAUGAAGUACCUCGCCAACAUGAACUACGUCCACCGCGACCUGGCCGCCCGCAACAUCCUCGUCAACAGCAACCUGGUGUGCAAGGUGUCCGACUUUGGCCUGUCCCGUGUGCUGGAAGAUGACCCCGAGGCCACCUACACCACCAGCGGUGGCAAGAUUCCCAUCCGCUGGACGGCCCCGGAGGCCAUUUCGUACCGCAAGUUCACCUCGGCCAGCGACGUGUGGAGCUAUGGCAUCGUCAUGUGGGAGGUGAUGACCUACGGCGAGCGGCCCUACUGGGAGCUGUCAAACCAUGAGGUGAUGAAGGCCAUCAACGAAGGCUUCCGGCUCCCCACCCCCAUGGACUGCCCCUCCGCCAUCUACCAGCUCAUGAUGCAGUGCUGGCAGCAGGAACGCGCCCGCCGCCCCAAGUUCGCCGACAUCGUCAGCAUCCUCGACAAGCUCAUCCGAGCUCCCGACUCCCUCAAGACCCUGGCUGACUUUGACCCCCGCGUGUCUAUCCGGCUGCCCAGCACCAGUGGCUCAGAGGGCGUGCCCUUUCGCACGGUGUCCGAGUGGCUCGAGUCCAUCAAGAUGCAGCAGUACACAGAGCACUUCCUGGCGGCCGGCUACACCGCCAUCGAGAAGGUGGUGCAGAUGACCAAUGACGACAUCAAGAGGAUUGGGGUGCGGCUGCCCGGCCACCAGAAACGCAUUGCCUACAGCCUGCUGGGACUCAAGGACCAGGUGAACACAGUGGGGAUCCCCAUCUGAGCCCCAGCCGGCCUCGAACCCCCUCGGCCAAGAAUACUUGAAGAAAUGGAGUGGGCUUUCGGCCUGCUCUGCACUGGGCCACCAGGGACCUUAUUUAUUUUUAGUUAUUCCAUAUGGAUGCCACCCUGAGGCCUCUGCUGGGGGGGGGGGGUAGUCUUGUACGACACCUUGGCCUAAACUGAGGACACGCUCAGGGACCCCGAGCUGGGGGCCUGUUCAUCUACGAAGGACAGACUGCCAAGCACUUAGCAGGCACCCCCAUGGCCCCAGCACCCCCUGGGGCAGGAGCCCCGCCAAGGCAUUCAGACAGACACACAGGACAUUUCCAGACUGACCUCCCCUUUGCUGUCUUGGGAGGUGGAAGGGAGGGGUUAGCCUGUGGCCAUGUGAACAGGGUACCUCAAGUCCCACCCACGAACGAGAAUCGGACAGCCAGCAAACUCAGCUGGGCAAGACCCACGGUGGUUCCCCUGUCCCUCUGGUGCCUUCCUCAGCCCCCCAGGCCCUGUCCUCAGCCCCAGCGGGCCAAAUCUUGCUUCCCCGGGGCCCUCGCAGGAUGCUUGGUUGUGUUGAGGUGUUUUUAAAUAUAUAUUUUAUAUUUUGUGGAGAGUAUGUGUGUGUGGCAGGGGGCCUGGCCAGGGCUGGGGACAGACGAUGGCCUGUGUCAGACAUUCCCAGGCUGGGGGCCGGUCCAUCCGGUCUCCCUCCCCUUUAGACAGCAUUCGCUACUCUGUCAGUGUUAACGAUUUUGUUUUGUUGGGUAUUUUUUUUCGAACCUUAAUUUAUUAUUAUUUUUUUUAUAUUUAUUGUUAGGAAACGACUUAUUUCUGCUCUGGAAUAAAGUUGCAGAUGGUUCA